AUGGUUGAUUUUCGGUUUUGCCAUCGAUCGUUGAUUGAUUCGGUUGUGGUUGUUCUUCUGUUCAAUCUGUUUCUAUCAUUCCCAUUCACCUGCCUCGGGAUUCGUUCGUUUCCGACGAACGGCGAAAUCAUCUCCGAUGAUUUGUACGGGUACAUGGAGGCGCCGGAGUAUCGCAACGGUGAAGAUUGCCGUCCCUACACCAUUCACGUCGCUAUGACACUCGACUCCGAGUAUCUUCGUGGAUCAGUCGCCGCCGUACACUCCGUCCUCCGCCACGCUUCCUGCCCGGAAAACGUGUUUUUCCAUUUCAUCGCCGCCGAGUUCGAUCCGGCGAGUCCACGUGUUUUAACCCGACUGGUUAGAAACACGUUCCCGUCGCUCAACUUUAAGGUUUACAUUUUCCGGGAAGACUCCGUCAUAAAUCUGAUUUCGUCGUCGAUCCGUGUGGCCCUCGAGAACCCGUUGAACUACGCCCGAAACUAUUUAGGGGAUAUACUUGACCCGAAUCUAAACCGGGUCAUCUACCUCGACACCGACGUCGUUUUAGUCGACGACAUCCAGAAGCUAUGGAACAUUACUCUACGAAGCAACCGAGUCAUCGGAGCUCCGGAGUAUUGUCACGCAAAUUUCACAAACUACUUCACCGACAACUUCUGGUCCGACCCGGUUCUGUCACGCACAUUCGGGUCGAAAAAGCCGUGUUACUUCAACACCGGCGUAAUGGUGAUGGAUAUGCGAAAAUGGCGAAAAGGAAACUAUCGCCGCAAAAUCAAGAACUGGAUGGAAAUCCAGAGGAAAAGAAGGAUUUAUGAGCUGGGUUCGCUGCCGCCGUUUCUGUUAGUGUUCGCUGGAAACAUUGAGCCGAUUGAUCACCGGUGGAAUCAACAUGGACUCGGAGGGGAUAAUGUGAAGGGCAGCUGCCGGUCAUUACAUUCAGGUCCGGUGAGUUUGUUACAUUGGAGUGGAAAAGGGAAGCCAUGGGUGAGGCACGAUGAGAAGAGACCGUGUCCGUUGGAUCAUUUGUGGAAGCCGUACGAUUUGUACAAGCAUAAUGAUGAGCAUCAUCAAUCUCAAUCGUUGGAUUUUUCAAUUAGUAGUAGUUUUCUUGGAUAUUCGAAUUAUUUGAUUUGA